CAGCUCGGAGGCAACACAAGAAGUCAAGAUGGGGACUCGUUUGAAGGUUCUAAGCACGUUUAAAUCACUACACAGAACAAGGAUGGCUGUGUUCAGAGAUGAUGACAGAGCACUGGCAGCUGCAAGAUUAAAGAUCAACGAGGAGUUCAAGAAAAACAAACAUGAAACGUCAGAAGAAAAUAUUGAGAAGAUGAUCAAAAUGGGUUCAGACGUGGAAAUUGUUCUUCGAAACGCUGUCAUGCAAAUGGAACACGUCGGAGAAAAGAGGCUCUUGCUUCGCCCCAGAGAAGACCUUCUACUAGACAACGUACCCUACUGUGACCAACCCCGGACAAAGUCAUGACACACCAUCUGAUUACAUCUUGUGCAUCAGGAGACUCACUAUCAUCCAUUCAUAUUCAAAUGAGAUUUAAAUGAUUUGUCAAAACAGCAUUUCAGAUUGUUCAGGAUCACCUGAGGCUCCCACAUGUUUCCAUGUCUUGCCUCUGAGCUUGAGGCUGCUAUGUUCAUCUGUUUGAGGUACUGCAGUACUCUGGGAGGGGCUGGGGGAUGACAGCAACCUCUGUUCCUCCACCGCCAGCUUCUUCCUGUAAGCACUGAUCUCCAUGUCCAGAGCUAACUUGACGUCUAGCAGGUUCUCAUAGUCUUCCAGUUGACUGUACAUUUGGCUCAUCUUCAGCCAUUACUGCUCCUUCUGACUGAGUUUCUGUUGCCAAACCUCCUGCUCCCUGUCUAGAGUUCUCUCCAGCUCCUGAAAGAGUAAAUACCUGCUUUUGUUUCAGUGAAGAUCUUUUAUUGUUUAUUCAGAUUCAAGUAGUCUGUACUCUGGAUGCAACAAGUUAAUGCAUUGUAUUUUAUCAAAUGGAAUUGUAAAUGUUUUCUGUUUUCUGCAGCUUAUGAUUCAGUCAAACUAGGGGAAACAUUAUUUUGCCAUUACUGGGGAAGAAAAAAAAGGUGUUCUGAGGUGUGUUCUCAGAGCGUCCCACAUUUCAUUUGAAAUCACCAAAAACAAUGCUUGAUACAACCAACAUAAUGCUGAAUAAUUUUCCUCUUUAAGAUCUAACAAUAUGGAUGAAUGCAUAUGCAGUCAAAAAUAUUUAUCACAUUUUACUGGACUGAUUGUUUGUAUUUGCCACUGAAUGUGAAAUGUGUCAGUAAUAAAGUUGUGACUCUUUAAUCGAGGUUUUCAGGACAAUAUGGUAUAUUAUAAAAACAAGAUAUGUAUCUUCAGACACGUGCAACAGAUAAUGACUACAGUGUAGUGACAUGGACAUUUAUAUUUCUCUUAUUUUUUCCUCUUGUCUAUAUCAAUGCAUUUCCUGAAUUUUGGAUAAAGGAAUAAUUAAAUGAGAAAAUAAGGUU